CUCUCUCUCUCUCUCUCUCUCUCAAAGAUCGAGAGCGUUGUGAUGCCCUCAAAACCAAGACCAGCCUAAAGAACGACAGUAUGGAGAUCGACGCAAGGAUUCUCAACCCCCCAGUCGAAUGCCAACAGGCUGCUCGUGACGCUGAGAAAGGUCAAGCGCAUGGUUUGUGGCCGCAAUCUAUGCCGUGCCACCAACGGGGCGUCUUUCUUCGGAUGCCGGCGGAGAUCCGCAACUUUAUCUAUCAUUGGACCUUGGGAAGUCUAAAUGUUCAUGUCUACGCUGAGAACAAAGCCUCGAACGCCGUGGCCAGUUCGCGGCGCGGAGUGGAUCCAAAGUCCAGGACGAAAGUUCGCCUGUACCUCUGUCGCGUUUGCCUGCGCGACGGGAAGCGUGAAUGGCUAGACCAGCACUUGAAUUGCUACACAAGCGCGUGCAAAGGUUUUCCGAACCUAGGCAUUCUCUUUACAUGCCGCCAGAUCUACGAAGAGGCUUCGUUGAUCCCCUUUACUGCCAAUACCUUCAUUUUCGUCAGCCCGGCGUCUUUCGAGAGCUUUGCCACGGCAGCUCUUCUCCCACAUCAGGCGCAAGCCUUGCGCAGCAUCACUCUGUGGUCACCCAUCACAGCGUCCCGCUUCACGGACGCGAAAAUCUCGUGGAGUAGCUGGUCGAUACCGCAGAUCGUACGAGAGCGAGAGCUCCUUGUGGGUCUGCAGCACUUAACCGUCCACCUAAGCAUCUAUCGAGACGACUCCGCCCACGUCCUGGAUUCUACCCGUGGUAUCUUGAGCCUGGGGCAUUGUCACAUCAAACGUUUAAAAACAGUGACAAUCAGCACGACGUACGACGGCGUGGAUGAGGCCCAUGGUGCAUCAGAAACGCUCCAGAAGGCAAUUGAGCAAUAUACAAUGAGACUAAAGCAUGUGCUGCUUGGUAGUCUCUCGGUUCCUGGUUUCGACGAUGAUGUCUCAAGGCAUUCUUUAAAUGAAAAUGUCCAUGUCUUCAACACCUCUUGAGCGGCUCGAGUGAUGAAAAGGAAGGUCGAGAAAAGUUCAGGUGUAGAUCUUAGGAACUUUAACUACUGAGGCGAAAAAAAUACCGCGAAUGUAUCAUUAUUGCAAUGCGCCUGCUUUAAACAAGUCUCCAGUGUUAGAUGGAUGUGAU